AUGCCUGCUUCUCGUCAGGGGAAGCGUUGUUGGCACCGUGUUUACCGUCCCUUCUACUCAACAAGAGACCAUUCCCUAGCCUUUUCAGAAAUCCGCAUCAAUGGCCUCGAUCAGAGCUUGUUCGACCUCGCAACGACUUUACCCAUGAGCUGUUUUCCCAAUGACAACGUCCAUCCAAGUGCACGCUAUGGGGAGCCGGGGAGCAAGCGCUAUCGGCUUCGGAAGAACGCCCACUACGGUACAACGUGCUGCCAUGACAUGGUAUCGCUUGCUUCACAUAUCCACGAUCCAUAUGCUGGCAGCUAUUGGGUGAAUAAUGAGGACUUGUUCAAUGUACCACCGCCAUUGUCUACUUCUACCAUAUCUUCGGAUUGGUCUUCGAGUGAGCCUGCUACAGUGUAUGGACCGGCUGGGAGGUUUGACCCCAUGCCACGAUAUGGUGAUAACUCUUACUUUUCCGUCCCUGCUCACUCCGGAAGCACAUCUUGCAACACUGGCGUUUUUGCCGAUAGUCUUGACAUCAUGGCUCAAAACCAAGACGACUUUGCUUGGAACGACUUGGUAUCAAUUGGGUUUUGCUCCGCGACGUAUCGAGAAGAUAUUCAAUUCAUCGAAACCCACACGCCGUCGAACCCUGUUAGUCCAGGGCUUCCCAGUGGUCUUUCUGCCAGAAUUCCUCAUGAGGCAGCUGCACAUCAACCCACUUCUUACAAGGCAGCCGCCGUAUCAGCUACAUCAAUUCUGCUGCCACAGCAUUCUGUAUUUCCGCUGUCAGUAGACCAGCUGACCCCUGAGUGCUCUCCCAACCACAUCGAGAAUCAGGUCGAUAACUUCCUAGAUGACCUAGCUGAUGCCAUCAAUUGGAACAAUAAGGAGCCUAACCUCGAGUAUUCCAAAACCAACGACAUGCAUACCGCCAACUCUGUGCACCCGAGUGAUGAGAUGGCAGAACAACUGCCUGCAGCCCAGCAGAACCAACCCGAAGAGCCUGAUCAGCCAGUCGUCCCACCAUCGCCAGAUACAUGGAGCCACGGACUCCUAGCAAGCACUGACCAGUUUCCUUCCAUUUGGGAUGAUUCACCAUUGUACGAGCCCAACCGCCUUCACCGUAGCCCGAGCAGUCUCGACCUUGAGUCGUUCCCGUGCUGA